AUGUCAAGUUUCUGGGACAGACCUGGUGGACAUAAUCAAUAUAUAGCAGCACUUUUAGCAUCACUCAGCGUAUUUAAUUUUGGUGUCACAAUUGGCUGGUCAGCGCCUGCGGUUUUCGCGGUUACGGAACAAAAAUAUUAUGGUUUUGCAGUGAGUCUGACCCAAUAUGGCUGGACCUGUGCAAUGGCCAACUUAGGGUGCGGCCUAACGAUGGUGCCGGCCGGUGCUUUAGCCAAUUGUAUAGGCCGGAAGCUAAUAAUGCUGCUAGCGGUGCCCCCAUACAUAGCAGGAUGGGCGUUAACGAUCUAUCCGUUUAAUAUGUAUUUGCUCAUGUUCUCGCGGCUAUUGCAAGGCCUAAGCGCCGGCUGUUAUAUUAUAAUCGCACCGGUGUACUGUGUGGAAAUAUCGCAACUGGAAGUGAAGCCAUAUAUUGGCAAUUUCCCCCUAAUAUUCUAUUUUCUGGGAAUCCUAUAUGCUUAUGUCCUGGGCGCCUUCAAUAAUAUGCGAUACCUAAAUUACGGCUGCGCCGUUACGCCGGCCGUGUUUCUGCUCACCUUCGUGUGGAUGCCGGAAUCGCCGGUGUAUUAUAUGCUUAAGAACAUGAAGAUGAAGGCCAUUGGUUCGCUUCAAUGGCUACGGGGCAAGCAUAUGGAUGCGGUUAGAGAGUAUGACGACAUCAUGGGAACCAUAGAGACGCUUCGAAACAAUAAUACGUACAGCUGUCAGAAAUUGCGGCGCUUAGCCUCGGCCAAGUCAAUUAUUAUAUGCACGAUCAUGGCGGCAUUCAAGAACUUAUGUGGCGGCAUUGCUAUCAUAAUGUAUGUCACACUUAUGCUAAACGCGGCCGAUAGCCAAAUUUUCAUGGACUCCAAAGUUUCCACCAUAUUUAUUGGAAUCUCUGUCCUAAUAUCUACCCUGAUUUCGGUGCACAAAUUUGACAGUCGUCGAACUUUGAUGAUGUGGUCGAUCAUAAUGGUGGCUCUAAAUUGUGCUUUGCAAUCCAUUUAUUUUCAGCUGAAGGAUACCUACGUGCAUACGCUUCAAUGGCUGCCCAUUGUGAGCUUCUGUUGUUUCUCCUUCUUCUUUGGACUGGGCGUGGGUAUUUAUCCGUUCGUUAUGAUGCGCCAAUUUUUCGGAGAGAAUAUUGAAAUUCUGUCAGCUAGUAUCGUUUGGACGCUUAAUGAACUGUUUGGUUUUUGCGGGGCGGUGUCAUUUCCAUAUAUAUUGCAUGUUUGGAAUAUGGCCGUAUGUUUCUGGAUAUUUACAGCCCUCGCAUUUUUUUGCCUGAUAUUUAUAUACUUACUAGUGCCAAAUACUAAAAAGAUUGACGAUAAUACAGAAAUGAUGGAUGGUAAACGGAAUACCGUUACUAAAUAAAUAUCACAAAAAACAAGCUUACAUUCAUCCUUUGCUACGGACUGAAU